GUUGGCUUAUUUUUACUGGGUUCUUGUCGCGUGGCGGCAUUUUGGCAUCAAGCUUGACACCCACACAUCAUCACAUUUGCUUUGAAUUUGGAACUGCAACUCUCCGAAGCUGCUAGAAGCCAAACUCGUUUUGAGGUACCAGCGGUAAACUUCUAAAGAAAGGUAAGGCCUCACCUCAAUAGAGUUCAAACGCUGCGAAGAAAAAAACCAAGAGGACAGGAGGAUCAAGGAUGGAAAUGCGCCGCAGAGUCUCGAAACUAGCCGAUUGUUAGCGCAACGGGACGAUAGUUUGUUGGGACUUUGGGAGAGCCAAUCAUUUACCACCGCUUUAAUUUUUGCCUCUUUCUUUUCCGCACGGGUUCACCACAAUCAUCCUUUCAAAGUUCCAACAUCGAACACAGUCAUUCUCAACCUGCAGCCAGCAAAUCAUCAACCAUGGGCUCUUUCCAAUCCAAAACUUCUGGACCACAAAUCCAUUCUCCUCGCCACUCUUCCAUUGGUGGCCGUCUUCACAUUGAUUCUCCAGGAAUCAACAGCAACCGAUCCUUGCGUUCUCGCAACAGCUUUGCCAGCCCUGGCUCCAACCGGGCUUCCAGCACCGGACGGUUGCCCGUAGGAGAAACGACUCCUCUAGUAGCCAAAGCAGAAAAUGUUGUGGCAGUACAACAUGGCAGUCCCCCCUUGAUGGUUUGGAUUGGACCUGCCUUGGUAUGUGCUCUUGCAUAUGCCUUGUACAAUAUCUUUAUCAAAAAGGGUUCUGCAUCCAUCAAUCCCAUUUUGGGAGGCGUUAUUCUCCAGUUUGUUGCUGCAAUUCUUGGCUGUGUCCUCUUGGGAGGUGUUAUCUUAUACAAUACUCAACUUGCUCAGGGUGGAGCUGAAGGCGAUGAUGAGGAGGAUUUUUUAGAGUGGGAUUGGACUGGUGUGAAAUGGGCCAUCCUGGCAGGAUUUGCUGUGGGUGCUGCAGAAAUGAUUUCCUUUUGUGUGAGUGGUAUGGGUGUCCAGGCAAUGCAAUCUAUUCCAAUUAUCAUUGGUGGCAGUGUCAUGUUUGGAACUGUUUUGGGACACCUGGCGUUGGGAGAGACACUGACGCCUCGAGGGUGGAGUGGAGUUCUCCUGAUUGCUAUAGGAAUCAGCUUUGUUGGAAUGGACGAUGAAGGCGAAGGUGUUUAAAAGGUCUCCAAUCAUUUUCUGCUGUGAUUUGAGGCGCAGAGAACCAGAUGGGCCUCUUCCGUGAAGGACGGAGAUAUCUCGCACUCUUUUUCGAGUCGAUGGUGUACUACAUGGACUGUAUGGUCACUUUGAACCCAGCCAAAAUUCAAUUCUCAUCCCAUGCCGUCGGAGAUACAAGUCACAGUGAUGCGUUUCAGCAGUAAAAAAAUGACAGGUUGCAUCCAUUUACACCCAGCUAGCUAGUACCGGCAGGUUGUAUGAAAAAUUAUUUUUUUAAAUUGUUUGGUC